AUGUCGAGACUCAGACCAGUGACCAGGCUCUUUGCCUUGGGCCUCGCACCAGCCGCCUGUGUUGGUGCCUCCUUCGCGCUCCGUAACCCCGUCAAGUUUGACGCGCUUGAGCCGGUGCCCGUCUCCCAGAAGCUUCGACAACGCGAAGCUCCUCCCGCCAGCCGACUUUCGCCCCAGAUUAUUGAGCAGCUGUCGCGCGGAAGCAUAUUUGGCUUCGGAGCCGGCGUGAUCAUUGCCUUCUUCUCACGCACACUCGUUUUCCUCGGCGGUUUGGUGGCAGGAUCCUUACAGAUCGCUUCCCGAAUGGGCGUCGACUGCUAA